UUCUCUCGUGAUCAGGUAUGAGAUAUUGUGUGAGUUCUUCAAUUGCAUGGAGAGCUCCAUCCGCUUGCUUCGGCUGAAGGGGUCGAUGUCCACAUUCCCCAACAUCAGCACCAGUAUUCAGAGUUUGAUGGAUAGGAGAUUCACUUAUGUGCAUUUGGCACAGUUGAAGCACAUCAUGCCCGAAGCUAUAAUGAUCAAGAAGGUGCUUUUGCAUGAUGAGAGUACUUGCUGUAUGAAGCCAGAGCUUCAGGUCACUCUGCAGGUUGAUGCGGUAGCGAAGAACAUCAAGGGGAGGAGUGAAAGUGGGUAUUCGAUCUUGCGAGCAGUGUUCAGGGAAAGGCUUGUGGAGUUCUUCAAAAAUCAUCCCCAGGGAGAUGAGGUUCCAGAGGAGCAGCUGCCGCAUCCAUUUAAUCCAACAAAGCUCAGUGUACAUAAGAGCGUGACCAUCAAUGCCGAUCCAUCAGGCACCAAAUCCUCAUCAAGUGCUCCUAUCCAGCAACAAUUUUUAGUGCCAUCUCACAUGUCACAAUCUUUUAAGAGGCAUUUUUCUCGCAAAAUUCCCGUCCUUAAUCCAGAGAAAACUCCACCGAUGUGCUCUAGUGAAGCUUGUCCUAAAGAUGAUCAUUCUACUUUUGUCGAUUCAUCUGCCAUAUCUAAGAAGUCAUUGCUCAGUUCUCCUAUUUCAACAACCUUACCAGUUGUAGAAGGAGGUGAUGAAAGGGAUGCUGCAGGGUCACCCAGAGCUGAUAACUAUCCUCAUGAGGAAUCAAAUGUUGAGAAGGGAACUCCUGCAAAGCUAGUGUGCACUCCAUUAAGGUUAAUGACUGAUACACCGGAAAUUCCAACAUCAAAGAGACUUAGGACAACCCCAUCGAACAAAUCCGUAAGGCGAUCGGCCCGAACAAAGUUGUUUAUGACUCCAGAAAAGAGUGCAAAUGAGUGUGAUGAUGACGGAAGUCUGUCUGCCAGUGAUGAUGUUCUCAAUUUUCUACCAAAAACUCUCUUGCAGUCGAUCAAUGUGAAGGAGCAGAAAGCAGUGCAGGAGAAGCAGGCUGGCUUUGCCGAUGCUAUUAGACGGCAAAAGUUGAUAGCUUCCUUGCCAAAUAUUUUUGACAUGAUCCUACUCACAUUUCAGUCAUGGAAGAGAUCUGUCAUGACAAAGCAUGAGUUAACUAACAAGUUAAUCUCAAGUCACUCUAAGAUAGUUGAUCAAGGUGAAGUGGAAGAACAGUUGAAACUAUUGCUAGAAUUAGUUCCAGAUUGGAUCUCUGAAAAGAUUGCCUGUAAUGGGGACACACUUUGUUGUGUAAGUAAAAUAUCAAAUGCAGAAGAGAUUAGGCAAAGGUUAUUAGAAGCAGAGUAGGAAAAUGCACCUGGAAAGGGAUAGAUCAUGUCCUUGAGAUCUUCCGGGACCGGUUUCCAAGAAG